AUGGGUUGGUACGGCAAACUGAAGACGGCCAAGAAGGUCAUAGACACGGUGCCCGAUUUGAGCAGUCCUUGGAAUUGGAUCUUGGGUAUAGUAAACAUUAUUCUUCCAGGAAUUGGAACCUUGAUUGGAGCAGUAAUGUGCCACUCCAACGGUCUUACCUAUCUUUUUGGAGUUCUACAGCUCCUUUUAUCGGUUAUUAUUAUUGGAUGGAUCUGGUCUAUUCUGUGGGGCAUCUUUAUGAUCGACAGAAGAACAAUGAAAACCGUUGUGAAGAAGGGAGUUGAGACGCGCUUAUUUAUUCUAAUAUUUUUAAUCCUAUUUACGAUAAGCAUCUUAUUCCUCUAUACAGCUGUCGAAGCUGUAGAUGGAGGAUUCUUUGGAAACCGCUAUAAUUGGCUUUCGUUUAGUGAAGGCAUGGAUGAGAUUAGUAAAACACAGAAGCCUGGGAUAGUUAUUGUCUACAAGAACUGGUGUGGUGCUUGCCGUAGUUUAGGAAAGAGAAUAGCUUCGGACGAGAAGCUGAUUGAGUUUUCUAGACGAUUUGUGAUGAUUCUAGCAGCGGAUGAGGAAGAGCCUGAGGAUGAAAAGUGGCUUCCAGAUGGUCGUGGGAAGUACUACCCCCGAGUGUUCUUUCUCAAUCCAAAUGGCAGUAUCGAUUAUGAGAUUAAUAAUGCUGGUUUUUCUCCAAUGUACCAUUAUUAUUAUUACGAUGCCGAUACUUUAUACGACAAUAUGGUGAAGUAUUUGGAGAAUCAUGGUCUUUAUGAUCGUGGGCUUGUUGAUAUGGACGAUAUUGAAAGUGAAUUCGAACUAGACUUAUAG